GGCUCAAAGGCAGUGGGGCCCCUGGCGCAGGUGGCAGGAUACGUUGAAGGAAAAUCGUGGCCUCAAUUCAGCAGAAUUAAAGCGCCUGGGAUAUUUGGCAGGCCACCGCACGCGACAGAUACCCCUUGAGAUCGUCACCCCGUCUACGAAAACCGUCCCCCGCUGCCUCUUCAUUUUCUGUUCUCUGAAUUGAACAGCUUCGCCACUGCAUUGUCCUUCCUUUUUCGUGUUGUGAUAUCCUCCACAUCCUCUUCAUAAUAAUGUCGUCCCCCAGGUCCGAUUCCCCCGUCAACGCCCCCGCGGCGUCGUCGGGCGCGAGCACCGCCCGCCCUUCGUCUCCGACUCCGCCCGGCGGCGCCAGGACCGCCAUCCGGCGCAGGGCCGCGGCCGACCAGAAGGAGAAGAUCGCCAAUGCCAGGCCGAGUAGCACCCGCGCCGCCGGCGCCGGCGGCAGCACAAGCACCAUGCUGAGGCUGUACACUGACGAGUCGCCCGGCCUGAAGGUCGACCCCGUCGUUGUCCUGGUCCUGUCUCUUGUCUUCAUCUUCAGCGUGGUUGCGCUUCACAUCAUCGCCAAGAUCACUCGCAAAUUCUCGAGCUAAACAGCUGCAACCGACAUCACUACUGGAACGGGACGCGUCGAAGCGACCGGGACGGGCUGCCCGGUUGGUCUGGGUCGCGGAGGCCGAGGUGGCUGCGGAGGGAGGGAACGGACCGUGCUGCCUUCCCGCCGAGAAAUGGACGGGCGUGGAUCGUGCACCAAAGUCUGCCGCCCCAAGGGACCCUGCAAAUAUGGGAUGGCGUCAACGUCUGCUUGGUUGAGGGAAGAAGUGCUCCUCGAUGAUGUGCUCAGUCCUCUUGCUUUUUGGGUUUAUUCAUGUACAACAGCGCGUUUGUCUAGACAAAACAAAAAUGACGCCAAAAACGGGUUGUCGGCCAUGGCACGACUGUGAUUCGGUCGGGUGGGUGUCUUGUACAGUCUUGGUUGGAGCUGUGAGACGAUCCAGACAAAUGUCUGCAAUUAGCUUACUCUUAGUGUGACAGCCGUCUCCUAACUUCACAAGCUAAACGGGUUCCGGCGGCUACAACAAUCUAGAUCUAACGGAGCCGGGAUUCAGUUCCCCUUCUCAGCCGG